AUGGCGGCGACAGCAGCAGCAACGGCCGUGGUGCGCAAGGCUGAUCCGAUUGUGCAGUAUGUUGUCGUGCGGGCUGAUUUGGCCAACGGGUUGCGUUGGCCCUUUGGUGCAGUCAUGACCCAGGCCUGUCAUGCGAGUGUGGCGGCGAUGCAUCGGUUUCGUGAGCAGCCCGAGAGCUUGGCAUAUGUCGCUGACCUGGAGCGCAUGCACACUGUCCUGGUGGAGAUCAAAGACCAGCCAGCCUUGCUGGGUCUCAGCGAGAAGCUGCGAGCCAGCGAGCUAGAUCAUCACGUGUGGAUCGAGCACCCGGAAAUGGAAGCCACGGCACUCGCCACCCGCCCCAUCUAUCGCUCAACAGCACCCAAGUGCCUCAAAAAACUGCGUCUGUUCAAGGACCCCCUUCCACGAGACGCUGCGGAGCAGCCUCCGGCAGCACUUGCCGAGCCGUAG